UGAGAGGAACACUAUUUCCGGUGUGUGGAGUGUUGUGAUUACUAUAGCUUUAUCAAUGGAGUUUGGAUCUUCGAUUGGGUCGUGCUUCAAGGCACCAAACCAUCCUCUUUUGAUCUCGGCAAGCCCUACCAACACCAAUAACACGCUGACAAGGACAAGUAAAAGGUUCUCAUUAAGAGUCUCUGCUGUUUCGUAUAAGAAAUUCGCCGACUCUGCUCUGCAAGAAACCAGCAAGAGGCUCCUUCUUGAGCCUUCUCCUCUCCAGGAAAAGUAUAGUAGCAUGACAGGAUUAGAUGGGAAAACCCAACUUGAAAUGCUUGCUUUCAAGUCUUCAAGGAUUAGACUCUUGCGAAGCAUGGCCAUCGAGAGCGAGACAAUGCAGGUUUUUGACUGUGCUGGUUUCAUGGAGCCACAAUUUGAUACGCCCAUAUUUUGUGCUAAUUUCUUCACAUCUGCCAACAUAAACAUAGUGGUGUUGGAUCUAAAUCCUUUGCAUCAGUUGACGGAUUAUCAAGACAAGUAUUACAAAAACAUUAUGUCCAUAUAUCAAAAAUAUGCUGAGAUUUUCCCAUGGGGAGGAAAAUUGACUGGUGAGUCCAUAAAGUUUUUCUCGCCUUUGGUGAUGUGGACCAGGUUUUCGUCUAGCCAAGAAAAGCAUGAGGCUUUGUUCUCUGCGUUCCUCGAGUAUUAUCAGGCAUGGCUUGAGAUGACAGUCCAAGCUACGGAGGAGAUGGACCCAUCUCAGGUGAGAGACAAUUGUGAAGCACAGCACAAAUACCUGACAUGGCGAGCACAAAAGGAUCCUGGACAUGGUCUUCUUAGAAAACUAGUUGGUGAAGCAAAGGCAAAGGAGGUUCUGAGAGAUUUCCUGUUCAAUGGGGUGAAUGAGUUGGGUACAAAAACAUUCAUUGAUUACUUUCCAGAGUACCAAACAGAAGAUGGAACUGUGAGUGACAAACGAAGCAUUGUUGGGAAGUCUUUUGAAACUCGGCCAUGGGAUUCAAAGGGACAAUUUAUUGGCUAACUUCUCAUCUCGCUUAAUCCAUGUUUUAUGUGGACAAGAUCGAUUUUAGUUGAACAUGAAGUGAACUUUGGAAGUGACUCUCAAGUUUAUUUA